UCCCAUCAGGCUGACUUCGGUAUGACAGAGCAGGCAGCAUUCCCAUGGCGUCAACAAUGUGGCUCAGCGUCUUCUUCACCCUCGUCUUCAGCUCACCAUCAGUGGCAUCAGUCUUCCUAGAUGCAGAUGAAGCCCGCAGUGUCCUGGUACGCACCAGGAGGUUCAACUCAGGCUGGCUGGAGGAACUGCAGAGGGGUGAUCUGAAGAGGGAGUGUCUGGAGGAGAAGUGCUCUUAUGAGGAAGCGCGGGAGGUGUUUGAGCACACCGAGAUCACGGACGAGUUCUGGAAGACGUACAGCAUUCCAGACAGUUGCAAGUCGAGUCCCUGCUUGAAUGGGGGAAGCUGCUUGAUCCAGACGGGGUCGUACACCUGCCUGUGUGCACAGCACUUCAGCGGCCUCAACUGUGAGCUGGACGACCGGGCUGGGCCAGAUACCUGCCUACUAGAGAAUGGAGGCUGUGAGCACUUCUGUGAUGAAGACCAGUGGGGAGGAAGACGAAACUGCUCCUGUGCAGACGGCUACUUUUUGAACUCUGAUGGGUGGAGCUGUGUGGCAAAAGACUCAAUACCAUGUGGCGUGACACCAGUUCUUCAGGAUUCAAACCAUGCCAGGCAGAACGACCCCCGCGCCAGGAUUGUGGGUGGAAAUGAAUGCCCCAAAGGUGAAUGCCCUUGGCAGGUGUUGCUGCUCUAUAAAGGCAAAGGUUUCUGUGGAGGAGUUAUCUUGAAAGACACAUGGAUCCUCACAGCAUCUCACUGCCUGGAGGAUGCCGAUGCCCAGUUUCUAAACGUGGUUGCAGGCGAGCACAAUACUGAGGUGAAGGAGGGAACGGAGCAGGUCAUCCAGGUGGCUCAAAUCAUCAUGCACGAGCGCUAUGAAAAAACGACGGCUGACAAUGAUAUUGCCCUACUGCGACUUUCUGCUCCCAUUGUUUACACGGCAUAUACCGUACCAGCCUGCCUGCCCACCAAGUCUUUGGCUGAACGCGAGCUCUGGGCCGUCAGCAUGCACACAGUGAGCGGAUGGGGACGCAGGGCUGAGAACGGCCCCACAUCACACUUGCUGCGGCGCCUGAGGGUGCCUCGGAUCCGUACCCAGCAGUGCGUCGAGGAAAGUGGCGUGGCCCUCACUGACAACAUGUUUUGCGCCGGAUACAUCCAAGGCCAGCAGGACUCGUGUAAAGGCGACAGCGGCGGACCCCUGGUGACGCAGUACAAGAAGACAACAUUCUUGCUGGGCAUCUCCAAGGGUGAUAGGGGGUCAAUGAGCCUGUGGCUUAAAGGCUCUACCUGUCCUGAAAGCAGUCCUGGAACUUCAUUUCUGGAAUUCUGCGUGCUGGAGAUCAUGUUGGUGAGAAGCUGCAUUGUGUGGAUCCUGUUGUUUAGGAUUUCUGCAGCUGCAGUGUUUGUGGAGAGACAGGAGGCCAAUACCGUGCUGAGCAGAUGGCGGCGGGCAAAUAGCGGAUUCCUGGAGGAGCUCAAGCAAGGUAACCUGGAAAGGGAAUGCAUAGAGGAGAUAUGUGAUUACGAGGAGGCCAGAGAAGUGUUUGAGGACGACGGACAGACGAGGCAAUUCUGGCAGACGUAUGAACGUCAGGACCCGUGUAAGGUCAGCCCAUGUCAUAACAAUGGCAUGUGCGUCCACAUGGGGACAACCUUUGAGUGUCGAUGUCCCGAAGGCUUUGAAGGACGCUUCUGUCAGAUGGUGUUUGAAGACUCACUCAAGUGUAUUUACCACAACGGUCAGUGUCAGCACUUCUGCGAUGGCUCAGGGAAGCAACGCAAAUGUUCCUGCGCUGAUGGGUACAUUCUCGGCGAAGACGGACGGCAGUGCGUGGCACAGGUGGAGUUUCCAUGUGGUCAGCUGGCUCCAGCCAAUCAGAGCAUGACAGGUCAGACGAGGCUUGUUGGAGCCAAUCAUUGUCCCAAAGGAGAGUGUCCUUGGCAGGUUCUGAUUGAAUUGAACGGGGAUAGUCAUUGUGGAGGCUCUCUGAUCCGUCCUGACUGGGUGAUUACUGCAGCCCACUGCGUCCAUGGAAUCAACCUGGACAAGCUUACGGUGGUGGCAGGGGAACAUAACCUGGAUGCUGUCGAUGGCACAGAACAGAGAAUCCCAGUUUCCAAGGUGAUUGCUCAUGAGGGUUAUGUCCCAGCGACAGGUGACAGGGACAUUGCGCUGCUGCAUCUGAGUAGAGACGUGGCCCUAAACAGCCAGGCGCUCCCUAUCUGCCUGCCCACGAAAGACUUAGUGGAGCACGAGCUGCUACCGCUGCGGUACCACACCGUGUCCGGUUGGGGCAAGAGGACCAGCGGGGGAAAUGUCGCGUCCAGCGGCCUCACCUCCCCUGUCCUCCGCAGGAUGUCUGUCCCUAUCAUCCCAAACUCCCAGUGCUCACAGAUAUCCCAAUUCAACUUCACCGACAAUAUGCUGUGUGCCGGCUACCUGGAAGGUCAACAGGAGAGUUGCCAUGGAGACGAUGGGAGCCCACUGACCAGUCUCUUUGGUUCGACCCACUUCCUUUUGGGCGUCGUCGGAUGGGGGCGGGGCUGCUCACACUCAGGGUACUAUGGUGUUUAUACCAACAUGGCCAAAUUUGUUGACUGGGCAGAGUCCACCAUGAAGAAUCCUCUCACAAGCACAAUGUCACCUGACCUGAUGCUGCAACAGAAAGUUCCACCGGGCGCCAUGUUAGGGUUUCACGGGCUGUUGCUCAUUGUGCUGCUGAUCCGUAUGGCCACCGCUCACGUGUUCCUGGGUGACGAGGAGGCCAGUCAGGUGUUGAGGCGGCAGAAACGAGCCAACAGCUUCUUUGAAGAGGUCAAGCAAGGCGACAUGGAGCGCGAGUGUAUAGAAGAACGCUGCAGCUGGGAGGAGGCGCGCGAGAUUUUUGAAGAUCGAGCAAAAACUGAUAAAUUCUGGGCCACGUAUAUUGAUGGCGAUGCAUGUCUUUCCAUGCCCUGCAACAACGGAGGACGUUGUGAAGAUGGAAUUGGCAGUUAUAGCUGCUACUGUGCUGAAGGCUACCAGGGUUCCAAAUGUGAAAUUGCUGCUCCUCAGCUCUGUGAGAACCAAAAUGGCGGCUGCGAACAUUUCUGCAAGGUGGUGCAAGGACAAAUUGAAUGCUCAUGUGCUGAUGGAUAUUUUCCCAAUGACAAAUCUUGUCAUUCUAAUGAGCCCUUCAAAUGUGGCGCCACUAUCAGUGGAAAGACCCGGACAAUUUUCAGAUACCAGCGCCAUAACUCCACCAAGGGAAACGUCACCAUGUCGGACGACGUUGAAGGCAACAUCACCUCCACUGCCUUCACAUCUCCUGGAAACAUCAGCAGCGAUGCAAUCAUGAACGAGGAGGAAGAGGAAGAAAUCUUUCCUGAAAUGGCGGGAAUGACCCGCAUCGUCAACGGCAAGGACUGCCCGCCGGGAGAAUGUCCAUGGCAGGCACUUCUCCUCAACGACGAAGGUCAAGGGUUUUGUGGUGGCACCAUCCUCAACCAAUACAUCAUCUUGACUGCAGCGCACUGCAUGAGCGAGCACAAUUACAUUGCUGUGAGGCUGGGUGAGUUUAACACGGAGGAGAACGAAGGGUAUGAAGCCACUUACAAUGUGGAGGCCAUCUUCAAGCACCAUAACUACCGCCCAGAUACUUUUCACAAUGACAUUGCACUUAUCAAACUGACCACACCCAUCAAGUUCUCCAGAUAUAUGUUGCCAGCCUGCAUACCUGAGCCGGAUUUUGCUGAGACGGUGCUGAUGAAGCAGCCGCACGGCAUUGUUAGCGGUUUUGGCCGCAUUGGCGAAGAUGAAAAACCAUCCACCAUCUUGCAGCGCCUUUCCGUACCUUAUGUGGCCCGCCAUAUUUGUCAAGAAUCCACCAGUUUUCACAUCUCGACACGCAUGUUCUGCGCCGGCUAUGACACAGAAGCAAAGGAUGCAUGCAGAGGAGACAGUGGCGGACCACAUGUUACAAAAUACAAAUCUACCAUUUUUCUCACGGGGAUUGUGAGCUGGGGCGAAGGCUGUGCACGAAAAGGCAAAUAUGGCAUUUACACACAAGUAUCCAAAUUUAUUGGCUGGAUCCGUGAGGGUAUGCAGAGGCUGCUUCAAAAAGAAAUCAGUGAGGGCAUGGUGGAGGUGGCUGGAUUUGUAAGACGGCCACACCUUUGAAAUCCACGGGUGCUUGUAGUUCCAAAAAACCUGUGCCUUUAUGUACUUCCUGAAGCCAGUCAAUAAAACUGCAGCUGUUGAACAUA